AUGGCUGAGAUUAAAGAGUUGAAUUCUAAGGCAUUUGAUUACUUAGAUGCGAUUCCUAUAACUCACUGGUCCAGGCAUGAGUUUAGUUUUAGGGGAAAACCUGGGAUGUUGUUGAACAAUUGUUGUGAGAGUUUCAAUAACGUUCUGAAAGAUGCGAGGGAAAAACCCAUUUUGUCUUUGAUGGAGUGGAUUAAGAGAUACACGAUGAAGAGGUGUUGUGCAAAGAGGGAGAGGUUGAAACUGUUUGAUGGGUUGAUAAUGCCAUCUGUUGUGAAGAUGACUGAGAGGGAACAGAAGGAGUUUAGCUCAAUGAGGUUGAUUCAAGUAGACUUUCAUGAGUUUGAGGUGGAUUAUGAUGGGGAUACAUUUGUUGUAAAUAUGAAGACAAAAACUUGUGGAUGUUAUAGAUGGACAUUAAUGGGAAUACCUUGUUGGCAUUUACUAGCUUGUAUAGCCCAAAAGAGGUUGAAUUAUGAAGAUUUUGUGCAUUCGGCAUAUUAUGUGAAGACAUAUGCUGCAACCUAUGCACCCCACUUCUUGAGAGAAACAGUGGUACAAAUCACCCCGGCCACAACCGCUGCCUCCACCAUUCAGAGUUAUGCCUGUAAGGCCUUCACGGAAAAGAGGAAGAAGGAGUUUGGUGAAAAGAAGAAGGGUAAGCAGGUGAAAAGAGCAAGGAAGCAGAACACUUGUGGGAGGUGUGGAGGUUUGAGACACAACAAAAAGAACUGCUAG